UCCAAACCCAAAGUCCUGUCAACCAUCAUCAAUAUUGUGAUGCGCUACGAUAUAAUCCUGAUCAUGGAGGUGACGGACCGGACAGGCGAGGCAGUGGAAAUCCUGAAUCAGGAGUUGAAUAAGAACUCUAAAGAUCACCACUAUUCCUCCGUACUGAGCAAACCGCUGGGCCGUGGGAGUUAUAAGGAACAGUACCUCUUUCUCUAUCGUGACACUGUGGUGCAGGUGAAGAGGCUUUUGCAGUAUGACGACCUGCAGCCCGGUGAUGAGGAUGCCUUCUCUAGAGAGCCAUUCAUUGUUGAGUUCACAUCUCCAGCCUCAGAUCUCCGCUAA